CAUGAUGAGACCCUCCCUGCCGCUUUGUACAACGAUGCCAACGUCUAGCGAUCCUUCAUCUCAAUCGUCAAUCCAUCCAAUCAGAAUCAGAAGUGCGAGUUUCAGUCGACACCUCAACCGAAGCCGCUUCCCCCCCUUCCACCACGAAUCUUGAACCUUGACAGUCAGCGGAGGCACCAACCUGCCCCCCCUCAUGUCCCACCACCACUACCCUCAUCAGCACAACAGCAGCUCAUCGCCCACCAGCAUCUCCACGCCAUCCACAGUCAUCGACAUGAGCACCUCUCUCUCCACCCCCACCAUUUCAUCCUCCCACAAGUACAGCGUGAUCCUGCCCACCUACAACGAGCGCAAAAACCUUCCCGUCAUCGUCUUUUUGCUCGCCAAGACGUUUUCUGCAGCGGCAUUGAGAUGGGAAGUGAUCAUUGUGGACGAUGGAUCGCCUGAUGGGACUUUGGAAGUGGCCAAACAGUUGCAGCGAGUGUAUGGAGAGGAGCAGAUUGUGCUCAGACCUCGAGCUGGUAAAUUGGGUUUGGGAACGGCUUAUGUUCACGGGCUCGAUUCUUGCACUGGCGAUUUCGUCAUCAUCAUGGAUGCGGAUUUCUCUCAUCAUCCCAAAUUCUUGCCCAACAUGAUUCGACUUCAAAAGGAGAGGGAUCUGGACAUUGUGCAAGGUACGAGAUACUCUGGACCGGCUACGGGUGCUGGAGUGUAUGGAUGGAACUUGAAGAGGAAAUUGGUCAGCAGGGGCGCCAACUUGCUCGCCACUUUUGUCUUGGGACCCAGAACGACGGAUGUGACUGGAAGCUUUAGGCUCUACAAGAGACCAGUCAUAGAGAGGCUCAUUAGGGAAGUGACGAGCAAAGGAUACGUUUUUCAAAUGGAGAUUCUGGUCAGGGCUAGAGCGGCAGGUUACUCCAUCGGCGAAGCGCCAAUCACCUUCGUCGAUCGCGUAUACGGAGAGAGCAAAUUGGGAGGAGACGAGAUUGUGCAGUAUGCAAGAGGUGUUUGGAACUUGUUCGUUAACAUCUGAGGAUACGCGAAGGGGGGGAUGGAGAGAUGCAAACGUCAGAUGCCCACCAUGGUGACUUGAGAGCGUGCAAGAUCGAAGCUGAGGCGAAGGCGACACGAUGCGGUUUGCGGGCCUGGUCUCAAUGCAUCGCAACAAGGAGCAAGUCACGGGCGCGAGUCCAAGGUCUGUCGGCUGAUUGCAUGGCAGGGAAAGCCUGCGGACAAAGCAGCAAAUCGCGACCUCGCGAGACAGCAUGUGCCUUUGAAGCGAUCCGCAUUGCACACUUCUCAAUACAUGAUGGUGCCUCUCUCUACCAGACGCGGCACUCGCCGAAGCGAAGCAUCGUCCUUGGCAACAGACCACAA